UCUAAUUCGACUUCUAUAUCUACUCUUCGAAGCGAGCUAGUUAUCUGUCGACCUAUCUACUAAAGUGGGAAGACGUCUUUUGCAACUCUACUACUUAUACAUCAACCCAUCCGGCCGGCCCUUUGCUUACUACAAGCUUUAUCCAAGCAUUUCACAUCCAUCUUCCGCAGCUCACAUACACCUCACCUAUAAGCUAUAGCCUGAUUACCUAAUCACCAUGUCCGAUCAUAGAGAAACGUUCACUUUUAGAAUGGGGGCUCCCGUCACAUUCCCAAAGGCCCCUGCUCGUACUACCCCUAUCAAAGGGCGAAGGGUCUUCAGUAAGCCGUCCGAAACCACACAUGCCUACUUCCGUGAUACCUCACCAUCGCCUACAACCUCGUCCCUCUCGGAGUCGGAGGAAGAGACGUCACCAUCACCAGCGCCAUCGCCGAACUCCAAGGCCAACCAGAUGAUCGGCGCCAGUUACCCGAUCCCGCCGCUGGAGCGACAGUACGCACCACCAACCGAGGAGCUAGAUGUCGCUCACCAACUGGCUAAGAAGCCGUUGCCACGGUCCCUCUACAGCUCCCUGCAACGAGCAGCCGCCAAGCCAUCCAGAAAGCCUGUGCUCGAAGACGAGGAAACCCGAGCGAAGAAGCUAGCUGACGCUAAGAAGAAAUUGCUCGCAUUGGCCGGACAAAUCUAAAAGUUAAAUCAAUUUUUGCCGACACAAAGUAAAAGAAAGAAUAAAAAAAUAGAAACGGUAUAUCUUCCAACUUUCCAUCUACGGAGCCUCGGAGGGAUUCACCGUGUAUUACGGGCGAAAUUGGAAUAUUGCAUCGGCUGCCGGGCUUUGGCAUGUUUUUUUUGUAUGCAUUAUACCCAGGGAUUCGGGCGUGCUGGAUACGCUUACCGUCUCGGAAUGUUUUAAGAGGCGUAUUUUAGGGCGGUGGGGAUUGGAAGAAAAAACGCUAGUAGAAUAGACCAGGGGAUGGGUUCUGGCCAAGUCUGGAAGCUCACAUA